AUAAAAAAAAAACAAUUUAAUCUACUUUAAUUAAUCAUCCUCCAUAGAACAACAAGUUCCCCAUACAACUUCAAAAAAACGAAAAAAAGUUCACAAAACCACCUCAGUCACUCACCGGAGCAAAACCAGAAAACAAACCCCUAGACUCGAUUUUGAUUUCGGAAACCCUAGAAUUACCAGAGGAAUUUAGGUUUUCUCACUAUGCCUCAGGUGAAGAUCAUAGCCAAGAAUUUCAUGGACAUGGUGGCCUCCUUGCCCGCCAUAAAACUCGACUCUCUCUACGCCAAUGCAUUCAUCUGUGAAGCCAUUCUCAGGUCUUUGCCACCUCUGGCCAAGAAGUAUGCUUUGCAAAUGUUAUGCAUUGAAGCUCCUGUAAGUGCCAAAUCCAUGGAGGAGUGGGUACUUUCGGAUGGGGCUUCCAAGCAUAAAGUUGCCAUUGAUCGUUUACUUCAGUUGAGAGUACUCACUGAAACUGCUGACAGGAAAAGGGAAAUAACUUAUAGAUUAAAUCCCGUAUUUCAGAGUAAUCUCCAAAAGCUUUUAAUAAAUGGUGAAGUUUUGCCAAGAGAACCAAUGCCUACCAAUCUAAUAGGAAGGCAUCCAAGCUCGGAGGAACUUAAUGCUUUUGCAGUCGAACAGUGGGAGUGCUUCUUGCUGCAACUUAUUAACUCAUCUCAAGCUGAUAGGCCGUCAAACAUUAGCUCUUCUACAAUGAAGGUUUUCCAGCGUGGCCUUUUGAGUCAAAGGGAUAAAGAAGCUCCACGAUUAACAGAAAGUGGUUUCCAGUUCUUGCUGAUGGAUACAAAUGCACAACUUUGGUAUAUCAUCAGAGAAUACAUCUCUAACUCAGAGGAGAGGGACAUAGAUCCGGCAGAGUUAAUUUCAUUUCUUCUUGAGCUUAGUUUUCAUGCCACAGGAGAGGCAUAUAACAUCAACUCAUUGACUGAUGUUCAAAGGGAGACGGUCAAAGAUCUUGCCGACUUGGGAUUAGUGAAACUUCAACAGGGUAGGAAGGAUAGCUGGUUUAUACCUACUAAACUAGCUACAAAUCUUUCUAUUAGCUUAACGGAUUCAUCAUCACGGAAAGAGGGGUUUGUGGUUGUGGAAACAAAUUUUAGGUUGUACGCCUACUCAACUUCUAAAUUACAUUGUGAGAUUUUACGUCUCUUCUCAAGGGUAGAAUAUCAACUUCCAAAUCUUAUAGUUGGAGCAAUUACAAAAGAAAGCUUGUAUAAUGCUUUUGAUAAUGGCAUUACUGCAGACCAGAUAAUUUCAUUUCUGCAGCAGAAUGCACACCCUCGUGUUGCAGAAAAACUACCAUCUGUGCCUGAGAAUGUCACUGAUCAGAUUAGGUUGUGGGAGGCAGAUCUGAAUAGAAUCGAGGCGACCCCUGCUUAUCAUUACGACGAAUUUCCUUCAAGGGAAGUUUUUGAGGCUGCUUGUGACUUUGCACGAGAAUGGAAUGGUUUGUUGUGGGAGGAUUCGAAGAAGAUGCGUCUGGUUGUCAAGGCGGAAAUCCACAUGAACAUGCGAGAGCACCUUCGUCGUGCAAAGCAGUAGACGAGAUAUCAUCCCACUACACAUGGCAAGGAAAAAAAACUCGGGUCUACUGUCUUGUGCUGUUUUUAGUAUUUACAGAGGUUUCUUUUAGCUUUGAGUUAUUUUCAGUGUCAUCAUGGCUUGUGCUUGGGAAUAAUCUCAGAAGUGUAAGCCAAGAAGGGAAGGGGUGGUUAAUCAACAUUGAGGGAUCUCCACCAUUGGAGUGCAUAGUAAGUAUAUCCUUUAUUUUCUUGAAAAUUUUGCUUUAACCUUGAAUUUGCCUAGAGAAGGCGAUGACAAUGGCGAAGAAGAAAUGUAAAAGUACUAUAGAUGAGAGGAAGAAUAAAAAUUAGACAUUGUUUGUGUUGCUUGUAACUGAUGAACAGAUUUGAAAAUCCAAUAUUUUUGUAUGGUAAUAACUAAUAAUAUAGUUGGUUGAUUGAA